AUGUCCUUGCCUAAAGAAUACAUCAACGAAUUGAACGAAUUGAACAAGGAGAUCCAGCGCAAGAAUCCUCAGGACAUCUUGCAAUUCUGUUUCAACUAUUUCCAAUCCCGUUUGGAAGAACAACGGAAACAACUAUGGAGUCAAGAGGCAAAAGCUAGAGCUGCUGGUAUUUCUUUAUUCCCAUCUAGAAAAUUGAACAGUAUCCAAGAUGAAGAUGCUAAAGGUUCAAGUCCAUUGUUUAAGAACUCAUUUGUCAAUGAUGAUCCACAUUCAAAGGAUUUAGUUGGUCAUGAUCAUGAUGCCUCAACAUCAUCAAGUGGUGAUAAUAACAUUUUCAAAUCUGGGUUCCAUGUUGGCGAGGAAAACAAAUCAAACAUUGCAAACACAGUUGAUCCAAUUGCUGCUCCUGCUCAAGGUAGAAGAACUUCUCAUGUUGUUGGUCAUUCUCCAUCAUCAAAUACAUCAACACCACCACCAUCAGCAUCAUCAAAUCAUCAUCAUAGUCAACAACUUCAUAACAUCCCUUCAACUUUCAAUGCUAAUAGACGUACAUCUGUCAGUGCAGAAACAUUAAAUCCAAAUCGUUUGAAAGAUGAUUGGAAACCACCAAUCAUUGCUAAAACUCCAGAUCAAUUAUCAAGAUUAAGUAAUUCAGUUGUUAAAAAUUUCUUAUUUAGUUCAUUAGAUGAAGAUAGUUUGAAAACUGUGAUAGGUGCAUUAGAAGAAAUCAAAAAACCAGCAGGUAGUGAAGUUAUUAAACAAGGUGAUGAAGGUGAUUUCUUCUACGUUGUGGAAUCAGGUAUAGUUAAUUUUUAUGUUAAUGGAGAUAAAGUUAACAGUUCAGGUCCUGGUUCAAGUUUUGGUGAAUUGGCAUUAAUGUAUAAUUCUCCAAGAGCUGCCACUGCUACUGCUGAAACUGAUUUAGUGUUGUGGGCUUUAGAUCGUUUAACUUUUAGACGUAUCUUGUUGGCUAAAACUUCCAAAAAGAGACAAUUGUAUGAAAGUUUCUUGAAGGAAGUUCCAGUGUUGAGUCGUUUAUCAUUAUUUGAACGUUCUAAACUAGCUGAUGCUUUGGAAACUGAAUCUUAUAAAGCUGGGGAUGUUAUCAUUAAAGAAGGUGAAGUUGGUGAAAAUUUCUAUUUGAUUGAAACUGGUGAAGCUAAUAUUGUUAAGAAUGAAGGUGGUUUAAUCGGUAGUGUUAAAAGAGGUGAUUAUUUUGGUGAAGUUGCCUUAUUAAAUGAUUUACCAAGACAAGCUAGUGUUAUUGCUAAAACUGAUGUUAAUGUUGCAACUUUAGAUAAACGUGGGUUCCAAAGAUUAUUAGGUCCUGCUGUUGAAGUUUUAAAACGUCAAGAUCCAACAAAGCAUUGA